AUGCAAGUAUGCAAGAAACGCAAACCACUUUACGAACAAAAGGAGAGGAUUGAUUGGCAACUUCCCGGUACUCAUAUUGUUGCAAAGAAAAAUGAUGUUGAGUUUUACCGUGCUGAAUUGUUUAGCCAAGCGGUUACAUUCGGAAAAUUUUGUCCUGUGUUUAUCAAUGAUUUGAAUAAUCAGAUCAACUUUAAACGACACUAUGCUGACAUGUGGGAGCAAUUACAGGACGUCAUAAUGAUUAACAACUGGCCAAUGAACAAGUUUGCCAUAGUCGGGAAAUUAGUGGGGGAAAGACAGUUUGAUAAACUUGAAAAUCGUGAAGCCAAAUUGCGAAUCGAUGAUUCGUCUGGUAAGGAUCUGAUUUUGGAGGUGUCUAUUUCAUUGGAGCAGUAUGGGUCAAUGUUUCCAGAAUCCAAUGUAAAUUACGGGAAGCUCGUGGAAAUACGAGGGUUCUUUAGAAGACGUCGACCAGUUGUUUAUGAUGCAGCGGUGUUAUGCUCCACACCUAAUGAUCUAGCGAGCGAACUACUACAUUGGAAUAUUCGAGUACAGUUUAGGAGAAAUGCGUUGGAAAAAGCUUGGAAGUUUGACGUUCCGGUGCAGGGAUACGAUGUUGAAGACAUAGUGGCGCCUCAUAAAGACAACGAUGAGAGUUCAAUUAGGGACACGGAGACUGUCAAAGAGAUAUCGCCACGUGAAGGAACUUUGUGGGAAGCACCCAGGGAAGAACUAAGGGAAGAACUAAAGAAAGGACCUAGGGGAGAACCAAGAGAAGUGCCACCACGCGAAGUACCACCAGUCAACGCAAGAUAUCUGGCUCCUAUCGGAAAACUUCGAAAGGUCGUUGAUCUAACUGGUAACUCUACCCUAAGGCAACUGGCGGAGGACCGAAAAGUACAAGAAACAGCUGGUACGAUGGAUACGGAUUUUACAACCACUAGUGUGGCUUUUUCUGUGCCAAUUGGUGCCAAAAGGGACACCAUUGAGCAAGCACUACUAAACAAUAAACAUAGAUACAUCAAGUUGGUAAAAGAGUCGUUGGCUGUUAUUAUCAAGCGACUGUUUUAUGAAAUAACUCUUGAUGAGUUGGUCUCGGACCAAACUGUGCUUAGUCAAAUUAACCUGUUUGCAAAUACCCUCCAGCAAGCCAAUGACUGCUCAAACGUCAACUUUAGACUGGAAAUUGUAUUCCGUUUGGCAUUAUAUUUUAGAGAGUCAAAAUUGUUUGAGUUUACAAAUAAUGUUAUUUACCUGGUAAAGUUCGAACUAAUGAAUAGGAGCAUUCAAAGAAAACUAUCCACUAGAUCUCAAAUCAAAACGUUGAAAUACGUGGACUUUUUAAUGAAAAAGCUACAGCUUACCAGUUGCGACUAUAAAUUGGUAAACUACUUAAUACGAUAUAACGUUCUGACAUCAAAUUUACGUUGGAAGUAUGUCAAGGAUGAAAUUAAAUGGGUAAAGUAUUGA